UUUUUUUUUUUUUUUUGGCAUAGGGACGGGGCCGUUUCCUGGUCCAGCCGGCUUCCGUCCGCCUUCCUCCGGGCUUCCGUCCGCCGGCCUUCCGCGGACCCCAGGAGUCGCCCGAGUCCGCGCUCAGAUGCUUCCAAAGCGGCGGCGAGCGCGAGCGAGGUCUCCGGGCGCCGCUGCCGCCUGCUCCACGCCGUCUUCGGUGCUUUUCCCUGACGUCGCGAUCUACCUGGCCGAGCCGCGCAUGGGUCGCAGCCGCCGGAGCUUCCUCACACGCCUGGCGCUGUCCAAAGGCUUCCGUGUCCUGGAUGUGUACAGGUGCUCUGCCCCCGAGGGUCCUGCGGGCGCCGGCGUCGCAAGCUCUGAAGUGACACACGUGGUGAUGGAGCAGACCUCAGCAGAGGAGGCUGUCUGCUGGCAGGAACAGGAAGCUACUCUGCACCCAGGGUGCCCCUGCCCAGCUCUGCUGGACAUCACCUGGUUCACAGAGAGCAUGGCAGCUGGGCAGCCUGUGCCCGUGGAGGGCCGACACCGCCUGGAGGUCCCUGAGCCACGGAAGAGACCUCCAAACCCAGUGGCACCAGCACCAGCGCCAGCAGCAGCAGUGAUGCCAGCCUACGCCUGCCAGCGUUCCACACCCCUCAUGCACCACAACAGCAGCCUCUCGGAGGCUCUGGAGACACUGGCAGAAGCAGCAGGCUUCGAAGGCAGUGAGGGUCGCCUCCUCUCCUUCCGCAGAGCAGCCUCAGUGCUCAAGGCCCUGCCCUGGCCUGUCACAGAACUGAGCCAGCUGCAGGGGCUGCCACACUUCGGAGAACAUUCCACCAGCGUCAUCCAGGAGCUGCUGGAGCGAGGCGUGUGUGAGGAGGUGGAGAGGGUUCGCUGCUCUGAGAGGUACCGGACCAUGAAGCUCUUCACCCAGAUUUUCGGGGUUGGGGUGAAGACUGCCAAUCAGUGGUACCAAGAAGGACUGCGCACCCUGGACGAGCUCCAAGAGCAGCCCAGGAGACUGACCCGGCAGCAGCAGGCAGGGCUCCAGCACCACCUUGACCUGUGCACCCCCGUGGGGCGGCCAGAUGCUGAGGCUCUGCAGCAGCUGGUGGAGGCCACCGUGAGACAGGCCCUGCCUGGGGCCACUGUCACACUGACUGGCGGCUUCCGGAGGGGGAAGCCACAGGGCCACGAUGUGGACUUCCUCAUCACACACCCUGAGGAGGGCCGGGAGGCGGGGCUGCUGCCUAGCGUGCUGCGCCAGCUGCAGAGCCAGGACCUCGUCCUGUACCACCAGCACCAGCGCAGCCGCUUGGGGGACCCCAGCCGCCUGGCCCAGCAGAGCCAUACCAUGGACGCCUUUGAGCGGAGUCUCUGCAUCCUCCGCCUGCCGCUGCCCUCCAAGGGGGCAGACCCAGAGUCCCAGCCCGCCUGGAAGGCCGUGAGGGUGGACCUGGUGGUCACUCCUUGGAGCCAGUUCCCUUUCGCCCUACUUGGCUGGACCGGCUCCCAGCUUUUUGAGAGGGAGCUGCGCCGAUUCAGCCGGAAGGAGAAGGGGCUGUGCCUGAACAGCCAUGGGCUCUUCGACCCAGAGCAGAGGACGUGUUUCCACGUGGCUUCUGAGGAGGACAUCUUCAGGCACCUGGGCCUCACAUACCUGCCCCCAGAGCAGCGGAACGCCUGACCCGCACCACCCGGAGAGUCCCUACACGCUGAAUGUCUCCACGUGGACGUGCUGUUGCCCGGGCCUUGCCUCGGCAUGGCAUCUCUGUGGGACCCCAGGUCGGCUCUCGGCACUCCCUGCACUGGUUCCUGCCCUGCCCAGGGAUCUGAGCCCCAUGUGCUGAGGCACUGCAGUGGGGCCUGUGGCAUCAGCUGAGGUGCCACAGCCAUGUCUUCUGGGGGUGCCCUGCUCACAAGGGCUCAGGAAAGCCUUGCUCCCUGUCCCCUGCUGCAGCCAAGAGGUGGCAGCGUUGAGGGGUCUGCUAUGAGAUGCAAGCAUCUGGGGGGACCCAGCUCAAGAGAACUUGAGCCCCCAAAGACAUGCUGCUUCUGCCCCAGGCCUGUCGUCAGCUCUCCUGCCAGCACUGCCCACUCAGCCCUGCGGCAGCUCCCGGCCCAAGGCCUCAUGGUGCAGGGACCUGGGGUCCUGCCUCCCCGGCCACCCCAUCCACAUCCACACACCCCUCACACCCCUGGCUCCACUGCCACCAGCGGUCCUGCAACAGCCCCUGUUCUGCUGUCUGAGCGGAGCCUCUAUGCUCUGUGCCCUGUGUUCCCCAGGCACAUUGGGGCCUGCCUUUGCCACGUGGUCCACCUUGAGCCCCCUGUGCCCACCUUCUUUGGGUCCCAAGGUCAUUUUGCCAGGUGAGGGCUUCCUAGGCCACUCCCCACCUCAUGAAAAAGUUUUCUGGAAAUUAACCUGCAGUAAAACGGACUACUCAGAGGACAGUCUUACAAGCUUUAAUACACUUAGAGCCCGGUCACUUGCCACCGUCAGGACAUGACUGGUCCGUCCCUCACGUGCCUCAGGGCGCCCAUUGUGGCAGUGCUCCCUGGCACCAACAGUGGCGGUCAGGUCCAGACCCCUGCGCGUGUGACGAGGUGGCAGGCUAUACCUCCCUCCUUGAGCUGCUCACACCACUGCUGCUCGUAUGUGUGCAUCCCGCCUUUCCUCCAACGCCAGCGUCCUGUGGCCCCCUCUGAUUGGGCCGUGCCCUCUUGCUGUGCCUGGAUGUCACUGAUGUGCCCUGCAGAGCUAUCCAGUCUUUUUCUGAAGCAUGGCAUCUCCCGGGCAAGAGUCUUGUAGGGCCAUUCAUGUCCCUUUGUCAUCUGGUGAUGACAAAGGGGUCUGGCCCUUUUCUUUUUUGUUUUGUUUUGUGUGUGGGGGAGGUUCUGGGGCCCAAGCAAGGGCUUGUGUAUGCUAAGCCAGGAUUCUACCUGUGCACCGAGGCCUAGCUUUUUCUGCAUGUAGCAUCAGGCAUGAUGCCUCGCACGGUGCCAUGUCCAUGUGAGCUCAAGAUGAAGGCUGCUCACUGUGGUCUACAAUGUCAAGCGUCUUCUCGCCAGCUGACUUACUAUGGCAAAAUGGCCAAGGGUUUUGUCUUUUUCUCCUAAUAUUGGGGAUAAAAUCAAAGACCUUCGCACUGAGCUGUAUCCCUAGCCCUACCCUUGUCAUUUUUUAUUCUGACAGUAGGUCUCUCUACAUCCCUAAUUUGCCCACAUGGGGUUCAAACUUGAGCUCCUCCUGCCUCAGCCUCCCAGAUAGCUAGCUGGGCUUCCAGGAAUCCACCACCACACCUAGAUCUCAGUGUUUUAUAACAGAUGUUGGAUUCUAUUUGAUGCUCUUUCUGCAUCAAGCAGUAUGAUCAUGUGAAUUUUCUUGUUUAGCCUGAUAAUAUUGCUUGGUUUGGAAAUAUCGAUUUAGGUGAUUCCUGGGAUAAAGCCUGGUCUUAGUGUACUGUUCUUACCUGUUACUGGGACUGACAUGCUAAUAUUUGUGGAUUUUAUGUCUGUCUGUGGAAGGCAAUUUUCUUACACUCUCUAUCCAGUUUUGAUACUAGGUGCUUGCAGUUCAGGUUAUUACUUGGGAAGUGUUCUCUGAUUUUCUGGAAGAGAUUGUGUAAAAUUAUUGUUCUGUUAGUGUUUAGUAGAAUUCACCAAUAAAUUCAUCAGGGUCUAAAGUGUUCUUUUUCAAAAGGGUUUAAGCUAUAAAUUCAAUUUCUUUAAUAAAUACCAAAUGAUUCUUA